CGCACGCUGUCCGAGGCAGCCGCGGCUCGAUGGGGCUCCUGGGGCUCCUGAGCCUGCUGCACUCGGCCUUCUUCGGGGACCAGGCGCUGCACGAGCUGAAGAUGACGAGCUCAGUGGCCUCCUAUGAGCAGCUGGUGCGCCAGGUGGAGGCCUUAAAGGCUGAGAACAGUCACUUAAGGCAGGAGCUUCAGGACAACUCGAGCCACCUGUCCAAGCUGGAGACCGAGACUUCAGGGAUGAAGGAGGUCCUGAAGCACCUGCAGGGCAAGCUGGAGCAGGAGGCCCGCAUGCUGGUGUCAUCGGGGCAGACAGAGGUGCUGGAGCAACUGAAGGCUCUCCAGAUGGACAUCACCAGCUUGUACAACCUCAAGUUCCAGCCACCUGCCCUGGGGCCUGAACCUACCACCCGAACACCCGAGGGAAGCCCAGUCCAUGGCUCUGGGCCCACCAAGGACAGCUUUGGGGAGUUGAGCCGGGCCACCAUCCGGCUUCUGGAGGAACUGGACCGGGAACGGUGCUUCCUGUUGAGCGAGAUUGAGAAGGAGGAGAAGGAGAAGCUCUGGUACUACUCUCAGCUGCAGGGCCUGUCCAAGCGCCUGGACGAACUGCCGCACGUGGAGACGCAGUUCUCCAUGCAGAUGGACCUGAUUCGGCAGCAGCUGGAGUUCGAGGCCCAGCACAUCCGCUCGCUGAUGGAGGAGCGCUUUGGGACCUCAGACGAGAUGGUGCAGCGGGCACAGAUCCGAGCUUCGCGACUGGAGCAAAUUGACAAGGAACUGCUGGAGGCACAGGACCGGGUGCAGCAGACUGAGCCACAGGCCCUACUGGCAGUGAAAUCAGUGCCGGUGGAGGAGGACCCCGAGGCGGAGAUCCCCACGCAUCCGGAGGAUGGUACCCCGCAGCCAGGCAACAGCAAGGUGGAGGUGGUCUUCUGGCUGCUGUCCAUGCUGGCGACACGUGACCAAGAGGACACGGCCCGCACGCUGCUGGCCAUGUCCAGUUCUCCUGAGAGCUGCGUAGCCAUGCGCCGCUCGGGCUGCCUGCCACUGCUGCUACAGAUCCUCCACGGUGCCGAGGCGGGGGCAGGGGGUCGCACGGGGAACCCGGGAGCCCCCGGAGCCAAGGACGCACGCAUGCGGGCCAAUGCCGCACUGCACAACAUCGUCUUCUCACAGCCUGACCAGGGCCUGGCUCGCAAGGAGAUGCGCGUCCUGCAUGUGCUGGAGCAGAUCCGCGCCUACUGUGAGACCUGCUGGGACUGGUUGCAGGCUCGGGAGAAUGGGCCGGAGGCUGGUGGCACCGGCAGUGCCCCUGUCCCCAUUGAGCCUCAGAUCUGCCAGGCCACCUGUGCUGUGAUGAAGCUGUCCUUUGAUGAAGAAUACCGCCGGGCCAUGAACGAGCUCGGCGGUCUGCAAGCAGUGGCGGAACUGCUGCAGGUGGACUAUGAGAUGCACAAGAUGACCCGGGACCCCCUAAACCUUGCCCUGCGCCGCUACGCAGGCAUGACCCUGACCAACCUCACCUUCGGAGACGUUGCCAACAAGGCCACCCUCUGUGCCCGCCGGGGCUGCAUGGAGGCCAUUGUGGCCCAGCUGGCAUCUGAGAGCGAAGAGCUCCAUCAGGUGGUGUCCAGCAUCCUGCGCAACCUGUCCUGGAGGGCAGACAUCAACAGCAAGAAGGUGCUGAGGGAGGUCGGCAGUAUGACGGCCCUGAUGCAGUGUGUCCUGCGGGCCACCAAGGAGUCUACCCUGAAGAGUGUGCUCAGCGCCUUGUGGAACCUGUCGGCACACAGCACAGAGAACAAAGCAGCCAUCUGCCAGGUGGACGGAGCGCUCGGCUUCCUGGUGAGCACCCUGACCUACCGCUGCCAGGGCAACUCCCUGGCCGUCAUCGAGAGUGGUGGCGGCAUCCUGCGCAAUGUGUCCAGCCUCAUUGCCACACGUGAGGACUACAGGCAGGUGCUGAGAGACCACAACUGCCUGCAGACCCUUCUGCAACACUUGACGUCGCACAGCCUGACCAUCGUGAGCAACGCGUGUGGCACGCUCUGGAACCUGUCUGCACGCAGCCCUCGAGAUCAGGAGCUGUUGUGGGACCUGGGGGCUGUGGGCAUGCUGCGAAACCUGGUGCAUUCCAAACACAAGAUGAUCGCCAUGGGCAGCGCAGCUGCCCUACGCAACCUGCUGGCCCAUCGGCCCACGAAGUACCAGGCAGCAGCUACGGCCAUCUCUCCAGGCACCUGCGUGCCCAGCCUUUACGUGCGGAAGCAGCGGGCGCUGGAGGCUGAGCUAGAUACCAGGCACCUGGCACAGGCACUGGGCCACCUGGAGAAGCAGGGCCUGCCCGAGGCUGAGGCCGAGGCCACCUCCAAGAAACCGCUGCCACCCCUGCGGCACCUGGAUGGACUGGCCCAGGACUAUGCCUCCGACUCCGGCUGCUUUGAUGAUGACGAUGCACCAUCGCUGGCUGCAGCCGCUGCCACCGCAGAGCCCGCCAGCCCAGCUGUGAUGUCCUUGUUCCUGGGCAGCCCCUUCCUGCAGGGCCAGGCGCUGCCCCGCACCCAGCCUGCCCGUCACAGUGGCCUGGAGGCUGAGAAGGAGUCUGGGGGAGAUGCUGCUGUGGCGACCAAGGCCAAAGCUAAGCUGGCACUGGCAGUUGCUCGCAUUGACCGGCUAGUGGAGGACAUCUCCGCUCUGCAUACCUCAUCUGAUGACAGCUUCAGCCUCAGUUCUGGGGACCCUGGGCAGGAGGCACCCAGGGAGGGCCGUGCUCAGUCCUGCUCACCAUGCCGGGGCUCUGAGGGUGCAAGGAGGGAAGCUGGCAGCCGGGCCCAUCCACUGCUUCGUCUCAAAGCUGCACAUGCCAGCCUCUCCAACGACAGUCUCAACAGCGGGAGCACCAGUGAUGGCUACUGCCCACGGGAGCACAUGCAGCCCUGCCCGCUAGCUGUGCUGGCGGAGCACCGCGAGGACCCACUGCGUGGGCAGGUGCGGCCGAGCCGGCUGGACCUUAACGUGCGCGGGGGCCAGGCCGAGCUGCCUGCACGUGACACUGCCGCUUCUGCUGAUGCAGGCGUGCGCACCAUCAAGCUGUCACCCACCUAUCAGCACGUGCCACUGCUGGAGGGCGCAGCGGGGGCAGGGACACGGCUCCUCGCUGGGCCUGGGGCCUCACCUGGUGCCCGAAAGCAGGCGUGGAUGCCUGUGGACACCCUCACCAAGGUACCUGAGAAGCUGGCAGGUGGCACCCCAUUGCCUAUGGUGAGCAAGGUCCUACAGAAGCUGGCUGUGCAGGAUGGGCCGCUGUCCCUCUCCCGCUGCAGCUCUCUGUCCUCACUGUCCUCUGCUGGCCAUCCUGGCCCCAGCGAUGGUGGUAACCUGGAUGACAGUGACUCUUCCUUGGAGGGACUGGAGGAGGCUGGCCCUGGGGAGGCAGAACUGGAUGGGGGUUGGCAGGGGUCUGGGUCUACCUCAUUGCCAGUGGCCAUCCCUGCACCCCGCCGGGGCCGUGGGCGGGGUCUGGGGGUGGAGGAUGCCACUCCGUCCAGCUCAUCGGAGAACUGUGUGCAGGAGACGCCCCUGGUUCUGAGUCGCUGCAGCUCGGUGAGCUCACUGGGCAGCUUUGAGAGCCCCUCAAUUGCCAGCUCCAUCCCCAGCGACCCGUGCAGCGGGCUGGGCAGUGGCACUUAAAGGGCCAGCCGGAGACCAGCCAGUUCAGCCUGCAGUGGGAGAGCUAUGUCAAGCGCUUCCUGGACAUUGCUGACUGCCGGGAGCGGCCAGCCGGAGACCAGCCAGUUCAGCCUGCAGUGGGAGAGCUAUGUCAAGCGCUUCCUGGACAUUGCUGACUGCCGGGAGCGCUGCCAGCCACCAUCAGAGCUGGACGCGGGCAGCGUGCGCUUCACUGUGGAGAAGCCAGACGAGAACUUCUCCUGCGCCUCCAGCCUCAGUGCGCUGGCUCUGCAUGAGCUAUAUGUGCAGCAGGAUGUAGAGCUUCGGCUGAGGCCACCUGCUUGCCCAGAGCGAGAGGAAGGUCCUGGUGGAGCACACCGGCGGCGGGAGGAGGCUGGUGGCCGCCUGGAGGGACCUGCACCAUCAGGCCCUCGCAACCGCUCGGCCACUGACCAGGAGCUGAAGCUGCUGCGAGAGUGUCUGGGGGCUGCCAUGCCAGCCCGACUCCGCAAAGUGGCCUCAGCACUGGUGUCGGGUCGCCGUGCCCUGCCGGUACCAGUCUACAUGCUGGUCCCUGCCCCAGCCCGGGAUGAUGACUCUGGCACUGACUCUGCUGAGGGCACACCGGUCAACUUCUCCAGUGCCGCCUCACUCAGUGAUGAGACGCUGCAAGGACCCCCCAGGGACCCGCCCCGUGCCUCAGCAGAGAGACAGAAGCCCACAGGACGCCCAACUCCCUCCAGGCAGGCCUCAGGGCACUGGCCCAAGGCAGGGGGCGCUGGAAAGAGCUCAGAACAGACCCCCUGGGGGGCUGGCAGGAGCAGGGUCGGACUGGAACUGCCACUCAGCCGGCCUCCAAGCACGCGCUCCGACAGGGAGGGCUCUCGCCUGGGACGUGCACGCAGUGAUGGAGGUCUGCAGUCCCUGUGCCUCACCACGCCCACCGAGGAGGCCGUGUACUGUUUCUAUGACUCAGAGGAAGAGCUGCUGGCUGCUAAGGCACCACCCCCACGGCGGGCAUCUGCAAUACCUCGGGCCCAGAAGCGGGAACGAACCACAGGCCGGAAGGAGACCCAGGGUCCCUCUAAGGCUGCACCAGCUGCCCGGGCCCAGCCGAGGCUGAUUGCGGAUGAGACUCCGCCUUGUUAUUCUCUGAGCUCCUCAGCCAGCUCCCUCAGUGAGCCCGAGCCCUCUGAGCGGCCAGCCGGCCAUACUCGAGGCCGUGAGCCAGCAGUCACCAAGGAUCCAGGCCCUGAGAGCCAACAAGAAAGCUCCCCAAGCCCACGCACUGAGGAAGAGCUGUUGCGGCGGUGUAUUGGCUCAGCCAUGCCCAGGCGCCGGCCCCAGGCCUUGGGCUCAAGGCGUCAUAAGCCCCGAGUUGUCCGGCCAGACCCCAGGCCAAAGGAGGAGCCCCAAGAGUGUGCCGAGCAGGUGGCAGGCUCUGACCCGGCCUCUGACCUGGACAGUGUGGAGUGGCAGGCCAUCCAGGAGGGUGCCAACUCCAUCGUCACGUGGCUGCACCAAGCAGCAGCUACAGCCACCCUGGAGGCCUCAUCCGAGUCUGACUCCCUCCUGUCCUUGGUGUCUGGGCUGUCCAUGGGUUCUAUGCUACAAUCCUCCAAGCAAAGGAAAGGGCGACAGCCAGGGGCAGGGGCUGAGGCAGGAAGCGCUCAUCGGUCAGAGAAGCGGGCUCCAGCUCCAUCCAAGAGCAGUGGGAGCCCCCGGUUACCUGGAGGGCCAGAGAAGCCUCGGGGCGCACAGAAGACUGCAUCUGGGGAACCUGCUGUGCUCCGAGGACGCACAGUGAUUUAUGUACCUAGUCCCACUCCGCGGACCCAGCACAAAGGCACCCCAGCUCCCCGCCCCACACCGAAGAAGAUGGGGGCUCCUGGGCCCCCACAGCUGGAAGCCCCAGCCAAAACCCCCAGCCCUGGGCAACAGAGAUCGCGGAGCCUGCACCGACCAGGCAAGAUCUCAGAGCUGGCCGCUCUGAACCACACCCCGAGGAGUGCCACACCGCCGGCCCGCCUUGCCAAGACCCCAUCCUCCAGCUCCUCCCAGACCUCACCUGCCUCCCAGCCCCUGCCCAGGAAGUCCCCUCUAGCCACGCCGGCUGCAGGGCCCUUGCCUGGCCCUGGAAAUUCCCCUGUGCCCAAGACGCCAGCUCGGGCCCUUCUGGCCAAGCAGCACAAGACACAGAAGUCACCAGUGCGCAUCCCAUUCAUGCAGAGACCCGCCAGGCGGGGGCCACCGCCCCUGGCCGCCCGGGGAGCCCCAGAAUCGGAGCUGCCCCAGGCCCUAGCGGGGGGCACCGCCCCCAGUUUGGGCAGCGAUGUGGACGGGCCUGGCCCCACCAAGGGCCCUGCUGCUGUCCCCUUCGCCCACGAGGGCCUUGGCGUGGCAGUGGGGGGCUUUCCCGCUAGCCGGCAUGGGUCCCCCAGCCGCGCUGCGCGGGUUCCACCUUUCAACUACGUGCCCAGCCCCAUGGCAGCGGCGACAGUGACCAGCGACUCUUCGGCGGUAGAAAAGGCCCCGGCGCCGUCCCCAGCCCGCAUCUUGGAGUAG